UUCAUGGCAACCAAAACAAGAUGGCGGAUUAGUUUGAAAAAAAUUGCAGCUCUCACAUUCAAACUCGGAUUUCUUUGUAUCUGUGGGUGACAGGUGGGUUCCUAGCCGCGCGUUGUAAUCUGUAAGUCUUGGUGGAAGGCUUGAAACACGCCAACCGUCAGAUUAACGUCAGGGAGUUCCAUAAGCUAUGAUGACGUCAGCGCCCACCAGCCGCCUGGGCGGGACCACCACGUCCAGCUCAGCGCGGGAGGCGCGAGAACUGUACGAGCUGAAGCAGCAGGCCGUCAAGUUUUACCAGGACAACCUGGUGCCGCAACGGAUGGAGCAGGUUCUCAAUGACAUGUUCUAUGAGAACCCAGAGGACGUGUAUGGCCAUCUAGCUGGGUAUUUCCAACAGUUCGCUAAACCACCAACAGUUAGCCAGGUCACAGUUCUAGAGGCGGCAGAUUGUAGGGGCCAACCUACCAUUCAAGCAGAGUUACAUGGGGUAGUCAAUAAUGUGGACAAGGUACUUUGCACAGUUACUGUCCCCACCACCAACUGGGACACACCUUUAACAGAGGAAGAGGAGGCAGAGAAGGCAGAGUCAUUAAAGGUUGCCAUGGAGUAUCUUGCUGGACCAAUCACAGAAGCCCUGUCAGGAACAGAGGUAGCCAAUCAGAGGGAAGGAGACCAGAGAGUGAAGAAUUUUAUAGCCAAGGUUCUAGAAGACUUUGAAGAGGAGCUCAAGGCUAAGAAAGCGAAGGAGGAGGAGGAGUCUCCACGAGCACCUACCCCUAAAGCAGCACCUUCAGAGAAGGGUGGCAAGGGGAAGAAGGGAAAAGGCAGUGCUACCAGUGUCAUUAUACCACCACAGCCAAAGGAAGAGCUUCCUCAUGGAAUACAGGCUGUGAGUGCAGCAUCGCUGGCCCUACUGGAGGCUGGGGCCCAGGCUAGCAGACAGCCCCUCUACUCACAUGUAGCAGCACUCAGGACAGGAGAGGUGUCCAGUAAGCUGAGAAUCCCCCUGCCAAUGGUGUGUGUGUAUCACGGUGGCAAGGCUGGGCCAGGCAAGCUGAACUGUAUCAAAGAACUGCUCAUCAUGCCCAAACCUGGACUGCCAUUCAAAGAGGCCAUGAGAAUGCUGACCAACAUCCACAACCAGAUGGGAAAAUCUUUGGCAGCAAAAUCUGGGGUUACAGCGAGGAACACAACAGACCUGGGUGCGUAUGCCCCUCAGUAUGACAAGUUGGAACAGCCACUGGACCUGGUGCAGGAGGCACUGGCUGCGCUGGAGCUGCAGGCAGGGGAGGACGUCCACAUGGCCAUCAACUGUGCUGCUCACGAGAUGUUUGAACUGGAAAAGGGCAAGUACGAGGUGAUGACUGGAACACAGAAGACUCCUGACGACAUGGUGGACUUCUACAGCGACAUCCUCACCCGCUACCCAGGUGUCAUCGGACUCAUCGACCCCCUCAGGAAACAGGACAAGACAGCAUGGGUAAAACUGACCCAGGCAGUCAGUGAGAAGUGUUACCUGAUGGGUGACCAGGUGUACCCUCGGACAGAGAAGUUCCUGGUACAGGGCAUGGAGGAGACCAAGAGCAGCGCUGCAGUCUUCUCUCUGCACAGCCUCACAACUGUCACUGAUGUCAUAGAUGCUGCUAAACUUGUGGAAGAUGUUGGCAGUGAGGUGGUGCUGGCUGCUUGUCAGGGUGAUACAGCUGACACUACACUGACAGAUCUGGCUGUUGGUCUUUGGGUGAAGUUUGCCAAGUUUGGCGGGCUGGGGAGGGGAGAGAGAGUGGCCAAGUACAACCGGCUGGCUCAGAUUGAGGCACGGCUGGCAGAUCAGGACAAACUGGCCCCUCAUGAGGAGCACAAGUUCCCCGACAUCCUCCCCCCUCCCCCACCUGAGGAGCCGGAGGGGGAGGCUGCAGACUGAGUCCUUCACUGUUGUUUAUUGUUACACAUCCAAGGCAAGUUAGAGGAACCAACAUACACAUGUAAUGUUACAGGAUUCAAACUCUAAUCAUGGGGUUGAGGUUACAACAGAAAUGUGGGAUUCUGAUUGUGCAGGCUACUUGAAUUUGUCUGCAGGAAUCUGGGAGAGAAGUGAUCCCUUUUUAGAGGAAAAAUAACACAAGACAAGUGAUUAUAUACAUGUACUUAGUCAAGUAUAGAUUUGGAAAGAUACUUAAAUCUGUAUGUAUGCUGUGCAAAACUGUGCAUGUAAAGCCUGAGUAAUUUCAUGUUAAGUUUAUAUACACUUGUACAUAUAAUGUUUGGUGUUGCCCUUUUAUUCUAUCACAUACUUAUACACUCCUGGUGAAAUAUGUCAUGAGAUACAUGACACUGUUUUUGUGAAUUUCUAAUACUUGUACAGUCUUCUAUCAUAAUAUUGUUAGUUUUAGAAUUCAAAGUUGCCAAUAUUGUUUCAGGUGACAUAUUAAAAGAAAACUCAUAAUUAUUGUGAAAGAAUGCUGUGCACAUACAAAAUGUCUAUGGUUUGUGUUUUUGUACAUCUUGAUAUCCAAAGUCUGCUCAUACAAGAAAGUAAUACAAAUCCAUUCGACUGUAAGGCCACA